UGGUGCCCGCUGUUUGCCUUGGCACCCCUCCACCCUGCUGGGAAGAAAGCCCUCAGGGGGUUUCACUUCCCCCUCCCCAGCUCCACUCCAGGCUCAGCAAACAGAGCACAAGUGGCACCUUGGCAACUGGGGUGGCCCCCAACCUCCUGCCGGCCAGCCCGGGAGCCUAUAAAUGCCCCCCAGCUGCAGCUGGCAGAGGGACAGGAGCCACUCAGCGAGGGAGGGCAGGAUGGACGCCAGCUCCAAAGAGGCACUGAUAGAGGAGGCACCUCCGAGGUACACGGCCGCCCCCCACCUGCCUGGCAUCCCUCACCAGCUCAAGUGCCUCCUGCUGGUGGUGGUGGUGGUGCUCAUCCACCUGGUGGUCAUCGUCACCUUCCUCCUCCUGGGGCUGCACAUCACCGAGACGCACACCGAGACGGUGCUGCAGAUGACCAUCCACGGGCUGGAUGCAGAAGGGACCCCCCAGCACCUCUCCAUGAGGCAGGGGGAGAGGACAGGGACGUUCUCGGUGCGGGAUGGGCACAACGCCACUGCCAUGGUGGUCUACGACUACAGCAAGCUGCUGGUGGGCUACAGGUCCUGGCAGCACCACGCCUGCUACAUCACCCACGUGGACAAGGACAACAUCCCAGGGCUGGACUCCGUCACCCAGACCUUCCAGCGCCGGCAGGCUGAGCUGAAGGGCACUGGGGGCAGUGCCAUGCCCUUGGCCGACCGCUCCAUCCUGGGCACCACGGUGAACAUCCUCUGCAGCACCGUCCCUGUCUACUGGGCAUAGCCCUGCCUGGGCUCCUGGCUUGCCUUGGGCACCUCUCCUCCUCCCCAGCCUUGUCCUGCUUGUGACCCAGGAGAAGC